GGACAACAAACAACAACAAGAGGCAGAGGGAAACAACUGACAGUAGUGACUCGUUUCUCCCCUCUGUCAGUUGCCGGUAAACAAUAGCAGACGACGGCGACUGCCUGCAGACUGCACUCAAGCACUCAAGUAAUUUUCAUCAUGGGCUUUCCCACUGUUCUCAUUUUGAUUGGUGCCGUUGUUGCAUUCACAUCAGCAACAACUGCAGGCGAAGAGGAUGUCUGCCUUAAUGGUGCUCUAAGAGAAAAUCUAAUUGUUUCUAUGCCUCGCAACAAAGACAUGGCAGCUCAGCACAGUUUCAGAUGCUCAGAGAACACUGAAGGCAGACUACAACAUGGCAUGUCUUUAGGAUUCGUUACUCCAUGGAAUAACCAUGGGUAUGAUAUAGCCAAAUGGAUGGGGCACAAGUUUACUCAUAUAUCGCCUGUAUGGCUUCAACUUCGCCAUAAUGCUGAUAUGAAGUAUAAAAUAACUGGCACUCAUGACGUUGACGCUAAGUGGAUGAGAGAGGUGAAGAGGAAAGGGGCUAAAAUUGUUCCACGAUUAUUAUUUGAUGGAUGGCUUCCUCAACAAAUCCAAGAGUUACAAGAUGCUAAAGCUAGGGAAAAAAUUGUUAAAUUAAUAACGAAUGUUGUGACGAAAUAUGGAUUUGAUGGUAUUGUUUUGGAAGGCUGGAUACAAUUGAUAGCUUCAGGGCAUGUGGAGCUUGCUGUUGACUUUAUUGAACUCUUGUCAAACAAACUGAAAGAGCUGGAAAAAGAUUUUAUUCUUGUCAUCCCUGCUAUGAGAGGGCCACAGACUGUCUUUGGAAGCAAGCAUUUUGAUCUUUUGGAGGAAUUUGUGACUGCUUUCUCUGUCAUGACUUAUGACUAUUCAAACUUUAUGAGAACUCCAGGUCCCACCAGUCCAUUGAAUUGGUUAAAACAGUGUGUUGAACAUAUUGUUCCAACUGAAGGUGACCCCAGAAGAAAGAAAAUUCUUUUGGGUUUGAAUUGUUAUGGUUAUCAUUUUGUCUCUGGAGCAUCAGAACCAAUACUUGGUGAUAAAUUCAUUGAACUAGUUCAGUCAAUGAAGGGUAAAAUGAAGCUGGACAAGGAGGCUUCAGAAAACUAUGUUGAAGUCAGAACCAAGCAGGGCCGUCACACCAUCUACUUUCCUACUCUCUGGUCCAUCAAGAUGAGACUAGAUUUGGCAGAACAGCUGGGGAUUGGGAUUGCAAUGUGGGAGCUUGGUCAAGGGCUUGACUAUUUCUACGACCUACUUUAAGAUACUAGUGUGGGCUGCUUGAAUGGCUGUGGUAUAUCAUUAACGGUAAUCAGUCUCAUAAUUUUAAGUCAGAUAGUAAUUGUUAUCAACUUUUUAGGCCUGACAGUACUUGGAUAAGGUUCUCCAAUCCAUGGAGAUAGUUCUUGUCUGGGCCCUUGUCAUGAGAGUCUCCUGUAAAUGUAUGGGCAAAAUCAAUCAUGCGAACAUGAGCCCACACAGCUGGUUCUAUCUGGAAGUGUAAACAGAAUGGAUUAAUAAUGAUUGUGCUUGAUCUGAGACCUGAAAAAUAUUCCUCAACAUAGGGUACUUACAUUUGAGCCAAGUUGCGCACAGUCAUACAUCAGUAAGAUAGAACUUGAGUAAAGGUGCAAAGAUAUUUGUUGUGAUAUAAUAUUAAAUAUCCUUUUGAGUUGGGA